CAAUCUGACCAGAAUUCAAAGGAAUGUAGCUGAAAAGCAACGGAGAGAUAAACUGAAUGGCUACAUAAGUGAGCUUGCCAAUAUAGUGCCAAUGGUCUCAAUGUCUUCUAAACGGCUGGACAAAACCAGUAUUUUACGAUUGAGUGCUGCUCAUUUGCGACUUGUCAAAAGCCCAUUAGGAGGAAGUAUGAAGCUGAAAACAUCUUUCAAAUGGUGUCCAAGUUUUUUAUCUGAUGAGCAAGUUCGUGAUAUUCUUGAGUCAGUUGAUGGUUUUUUAAUUGUAACUACACCAAGUGGAAAAAUUCUGUUUACAUCACGAAGUGUGGAGCGAUAUCUUGGCCAUUUAGAUAUUGAUAUGAUUGGGCACUCUCUUUAUAUUUUUAUUCAUCCGGAUGAUCUAGAUUCUGUGAAAGCAGAAAUGCAAAGACUCUUGGCGGCUUCAUUGAAAAGAGGUAAUUCAGGUCCACCUCCACGUUGCUCUUUUCAUUGCCGUAUGAAGGAAAAAUCUCAACCUCGUUCUGAAGCAGCUACUUAUCAAUCUGUUCAUUUUACUGGAGAUAUAUCUCUGUGUGAGGAAGAUGAAAAUAGUGCAAAACAUCCAAAACCUAGUUGCAUAGUAACUCAUAUGUUUAAAGCAUUUGUUCGUGUUGUUGAUCCAAAUCCUUACAAUCAACUUUCAUUAGAAGAAGCUACUGCUGAUGAAUAUGUAACAAGACAUAGUUUAGAUGGAACAAUACUAUUUUCAGAUCAUAGAAUAUCUACUGUUACUGGGCAUCUACCUCAAGAAGUUCUUGGAAAAUCUGCAUAUAAAUAUAUUGUUGACGAAGAUAUUUCUAUUGCUUUAUUCGCUCAUCAUCUGAUGUUUUCAAAUCAGAAUGGAACUGGCAUGAUAGUGUACAGACUACGCACAAGAGAUAAUAAAUUCGUUUACUUAAAAAGUGUUGGAUGUCUUCAAAUGAAUAGUUCAUCAACAAAAGUCGAUCACUUUGUUUGUGUCAAUCAGCAACUGAGUGAUGCUGAUGGUGGGGCCCAGCUUAAGUAUUUUGUUGAUCGUUUCAUCCCACAUAUCAAAGGUAGCUCUACAGCAUCAUUAUUUGAAUCUGUGAAAAAUUUUCAGGUAGCGAGUUUAAAGGAACUUGAUAAAGGAAUUCUAGUAUCCUCAAGAGUUGAGAAUAAAUCAUCAAAUACUCAGAUUUCUGAAGUAUGCCAAGUGGACAACAAUUUCAAUAAAAGUGAGAAUUCUAAAAAAAUUAGCAGAAACAAAAAUGCAAAUGACAACAACAUUGGUACUGUUUCCAAAUGUGAUAUUAAAAAAAGAAGGCGUAGAAAUCUCAAGUCAGAAUCGGGCAAAGGCAAUACGUUUUCUGAUAAGAAACUACUUGCUAUUUCUAAUGCCAAGCUGGAUAAUGAAUCAUGUGUACCUCCUACAUUUCCAUUACAUCUUAAAAAUCUUGACUAUUUAGGCUCUUCAUUUUCUGUUUGUGCUCAAGAUAAUGUAUCUAAAAUUCCUAAGAAAUUAAAAAAAGUUGUUUUUGCAGACCAUUUCCAAGAAAUAAACAUUAAUUCUAUUGCUUGUAAUCCUCUAAAAAAUGAAUCUGUUGCUGUCAGUCAGAUAUCGGAUAUUAGUGUACACUUAAAUCAUUGUAGUUCUGUAACUGAGUCUGCUGGCAGUCAAAUAGCAGGUGUUAUUCCAUCCCUAAAUCUUCAUAGUCCAAAAGAUGAUUCUGUUGCUGUCAAUCAAAUACUGAACGUUAAUCCAUCCCUAAAUCUACAUUGUCCAACUACUGAAACUGCUGCUGUCAAUCAGAUGCGGGGCAUUAAUCCAUCCUUUAAUCUUCGUAAUCCAACUCAUGAAUCUGUGGAUAUAAAUCAGGUACUGAGUAUGAAUCCAUCCCUAAAUCUUCAAACUAUAACCAGUGUAUAUUCAAAUAGUAAUACAGCAUCAUAUUCAGCAUCUAAAGAAGCUGAUAUGAUGCAAAAACAUAACGUAUCUAUAAAUGAUAAUUUAGUUUCGAAUGUACCAGAGUAUUCUAUUAAUGAAAGCCUAGCUUGUAGUAGUAGUUCUGGCCUUGCUUUGCUAGAUUGUACUGUGAUUUACAACAGUAAUUCUUCUGAAACUAUAAAAACUAUUCCAGAAAGUUGCCAGCAGCUUCUUAAAACUGAUGAGAAGGGGACCAGAAAUAGCAUACAGUCACUGUGUUCAAAAGAUCACUUCUGUAAAAGCAUUGAAUGCUGUGGAAAAGUAAAUGAACAAUCUUUUGAUAAUAAUCAUAUUUCUGCUGCUGAGUGCCAUUUCCAAUUGCAAGAUUUCUACAGCUCAAACAAAACUGAUUUCAGUUCUAUUCAGCUAAUGCAUGUUGAUCCUGUGAAUGAUGUUCAAGUACAGGUGAGCCAUGCAGGUGAAAAUGCUGGUGAAUUUAUUCCUAUGAAUCAUGUGUCUCUUCCUGAGAACAUUUUUGAAAUAGACAAUAUAACCACAGACUUUUCACUACUCAAACCUAGUGAUGCAGAAGCUAUACUUCUUGACAAUUCAUUAUGGUCUUCAGAAGACUGCUCAGAAUUUAACCUGCCAAAAGGAAUAUUGAAUGAAGGAACAUCUGAAGCUACAGUAUCUUCAGGAACUUUUAGUGGUAAUAUACAAGCAGAGUAUAUAAAUACAGGCACCAAAAAUGAAGUUAAAACCAAUUUAGUUCAGGAAGACUUAUCGUCUUUAUUAGAUUCAACACUGCCUCUAGAUGACCCAUCUUUACUCACUGCAAAUGGUUGGACUGACUAUCUUGAUGUAGACAUGUUAAGUAUGCUUUUUCCCCUCUUUCUUAUAAAAUAACUUUUUAAACAUUUUACAAUUAUUAAACAUUCUUUGGCUUUUAUGUUAUUCAGAAAUAAGGUAACUUACAUGUUUUGUAAUAUAAAUGUGAAGUAAA